AGGUGCUCGUGCUGCUUAGCUGUAUGGGCAAAUCGUGCCCUGGUCUGGCGGAGGGGAGCACAUGGAACAGUUGGAUGGGGGCUAAGCCUUGUGCACGACAAGGCCGGAUGUUCCACACACAGUGCAGUGUAGGACCUGCUGGUGGCCUUUCUGUGCAUCCGCUGCUAGGUGAUUCAUGGCUGGAGACGUGGAGGGGUAUUCUUCGUCAAUCCAUGACACCAGUGUCUCUGCCGGGUUCAGAGCACUGUAUGAAGAAGGUCUCUUGGUUGAUGUCACCCUUGUGAUAGAGGAUCAUCAGUUCCAAGCGCACAAGGCUCUUCUUGCCACACAGAGUGACUACUUCCGUAUUAUGUUCACCGCUGAUAUGCGUGAACGUGACCAGGACAAAAUCUACCUGAAAGGAUUAACGGCCACUGGCUUUAGCCAUGUCCUCCAGUUCAUGUACUAUGGGAACAUUGACUUAAGUAUGGCUACAGUUCAUGAAAUCCUUCAGGCUGCCAUGUAUGUGCAGCUAACAGAGGUUGUUAAGUUCUGCUGCUCUUUUCUCAUGGCUAAAAUUUGCCUAGACAACUGUGCGGAGAUCAUGAGACUGCUGGAUGACUUCAGUGUUGAUGCAGAAGGGGUGAGGGAGAAGCUGGAUUCCUUCCUGCUGGAGAACUUUGUACCCCUCAUGUCUAGGCCUGAAUUCUUGUCUUAUUUAAGUUUUGAUAAACUAAUGAGCUACCUGGACAAUGAUCGGUUGAGUCGGUUCCCUGAAAUUGAGUUGUAUGAAGCUGUUCAGGCCUGGCUACGGCAUGAUAGGAGGCGCUGGAGACACACUGAUACAAUCAUUCAGAACAUCAGGUUUUGUUUGAUGACCCCAUCAAAUGUCUAUGAGAAGGUGAAAACAUCUGAAUUUUAUAGAUACUCUCGUCAGCUGAGGCAUGAAGUUGAGCAAGCACUUAACUACUUUCAUAAUGUGAAUGAGCAGCCUUUGAUGGAGAUGAAAUCAAAUCGCAUUCGUUCAGCUAAGCCCCAAACAUCGGUAUUCCGAGGAAUGAUAGGCCAUAGUAUGGUGAACAGUAAGAUCCUUCUCUUACACAAGCCGCGAGUAUGGUGGGAACUAGAAGGUCCUCAAGUACCACUCCGUCCUGACUGCCUUGCUAUUGUCAACAAUUUUGUCUUCUUGCUUGGUGGGGAAGAACUAGGUCCUGAUGGAGAAUUUCAUGCAUCUUCCAAAGUUUUUAGGUAUGAUCCACGACAAAACAGUUGGCUGCGAAUGUCUGAUAUGUCUGUGCCACGUUCAGAAUUUGCAGUGGGGGUGAUUGGAAGAUAUAUAUAUGCUGUAGCUGGAAGGACGCGAGAUGAAACCUUUUUUUCUACAGAGCGCUACAACAUUGUAGAGGACAAGUGGGAAUUUGUAGAUCCUUAUCCUGUCAACAAAUAUGGACAUGAGGGAACAGUGCUGAGCAAUAAGCUCUUUAUAACUGGAGGGAUUACAUCUUCCUCCACUACCAAGCAGGUCUGUGUUUUUGACCCAAGUAAGGAGGGGACAGUGGAGCAGAGGACCAGGAGAACACAGGUUCUCACAAACUGUUGGGAAAAUAAGUGCAAGAUGAAUUAUGCCAGAUGUUUUCAUAAAAUGAUCUCUCACAAUGGAAAAUUGUAUGUAUUUGGUGGUGUGUGUGUUAUUUUAAGGGCCUCAUUUGAAUCACAGGGCUGUCCCUCAACAGAGGUUUAUGAUCCAGAUAUGGAUCAAUGGACUAUUUUGGCAUCCAUGCCAAUUGGCAGAAGUGGCCAUGGAGUGGCUGUUCUGGACAAACAGAUAAUGGUGCUAGGUGGCCUCUGCUAUAAUGGCCAUUACAGUGACUCAAUCUUAACUUUUGAUCCUGAGGAUAAUGAGUGGAAAGAGGACGAGUAUCCCAGAAUGCCUUGCAAGUUAGAUGGCUUACAAGUAUGCAGCCUGCAUUUUCCCGAAUUUGUUUUAGAGCAUGUGAAGCGUUGCACAUAGACAAUAGCGUGAUAAAAAAAUAACUUAAUUUUUUAGUGUCUUAAGCAAUUCAAAUCUUUUGAUAUUACUUUUUUGAAUGGUCACUAUUCAAUGUUUUAAAGAAAAAGGGAAUCAUCUAAUAGUUAAACUAGAGAAUACCCUAACAAAUGAGAUGUGUGCAGUUUUACUAUGUUUGUGCAAGAUUUUAUUUUUUAAAUAUUUUAUUUUCAUUCUGUACA